CCUCUGGGUCAGUCUCCCGCCCGCACGGGGUGGGCGGGGCGGCUGUUUGUUCAAGGGGGCGGGCCGGAGAAGGCGUUGCUCUGUCGAGGAGCGGAUCCGGGUGGCCCCCGCGGCCCCGGAGCGCUGCGGUGCCCGAGAGCCCGGGGCCUUGCCCUUGCCAUGGCCGAGCGGCGCGGGGGUCUGGGGGCGCGCCUGGCCCGCGGCUUGGCCAGGCUAGGGCUCCGGAGGGAGCGCCGGAGGAAGCGGACCCCGGAGGAGGCCAGAGCUCGGGAUAGGCCCUGGGGUGGCCGGAGCUGCCCUGACCUGGCCCAGGGCCUGGGCAGCACCAGCAAUGUCAGCCUCAAGGCCCAAUCCCACAGCUGCUCAGAAUGGGACCUUCGGGCAGGGAGCCGUGGUUCCUGGCUCUGGAGGAGACGACACAGCUCAGGGGAGCCCCCUCAGCCCCUGGGGCGCCUACAGAGGCCGGCUGUGGGCAGUGCUUCUGAUCUGGCCAACUAUGCCUCCGUGGGCCUGGAGAGCCCCGCAUGCCCCGUGACAGCUCCUGGAUGUGUGGAGCGAGGAACCCCAGGCUGCCCUUGCCUGCAACUCCCAUGUGCUGCCCCAGAGCUUCCUCUGAGGCCUGAGCCACCAGGCAACCUGGAAAACCUGCUGCCCCGCCCAGCAUCCUUCCCCAUGGCAGAGGGGGCAAAGGGCGAGCCUGUCACACCAGGGCCAGCCCUGCCAGAUCCAGCCCAGACCCUACAUGAGUGUCGCUGUGCCAGGAGGACCCGCUACCACAUCACUAUCACCCUCCAGGGGCACGGACAGGCACCUGGGGAGGAGGGUGGGGAGCCUGAACCGGCCCAACCAGCUCUCCACCCCUGCGGCCCUGAGGAAUCCAGGGGCUGGCAGGAGCCUCCCCAGGGGCCCCGCCCCAUCACGGGGUGCCCGACAGACCUGCCCCAGGAGCCCCGGCUGAGAGCCCCGCCGCAUCAGGAGGUCACAGCCCAGCAGCAGGAGCUCCAGGCCCACUGGACGCCCGGGGCCCCGCACAGACUGGAGCUGGAGGACAGUGAGCCAAAGACACCUCAAGACAGGUUGCGAGGGCCCAACAUGGAGGAGGCAGCUGGGCCCCCGGCUCAGGCUGAGGCCUCAGUGGUGAGCGCCAUGCUGAGGCGACGGCUCCCUGCCCAGGAAGAGAUGAGACACCGUUUUCACAAGGUGUCCCUGGUGUCGGGGGCGCACACAGAAGCCCCCCGGGAGGAGAGGUUCCAGUACAGCCACUGUCGAGAGGAAGUCAAUGGCUUUGCAACACGGGAAGAAACAACUAUAAGUUACCAGGGACCCCAGGAUGGGACCGGCUCCAAGAGCUUCCAGAGCCAUGGGCCCAUCUUUUCUAAGAAGUACACACUGCUCCCCAAGGAGAAGAGGCCAGUGGGAAGACUGAAUGAGGCCGUAGACCAGGUUGAUGGCAGCCCCCCAGAGCCCAGGACUGAGCCAACACACCCGGGAGCCAUGGCCAGGACUGAGAUUUUGGUGCCCCUGUCUGGGCCCCGUGAGCCAAGCCCCCACCCCGGUGUAAGUCUCAUCAGUGGGAGCCCCCGGAGCUUCGAGGAACGUCGGGUGACACGCACUGUGCAGACCACCGUGGUGGUGGGAGGGCACGUGGAGCGACGGGUGAACAGCUCUGUGACCGUGGGGCCGGUGCUGCUGGGCGAGGCCCUGCCGAGGGGCCGCAAUGUUGUUCGUGCCGUACGGGCGGUGGUGGUGAGCCCCCAGCCUGAGGGCUCACCAACCCGCAAUCAAGCCCGGGAGCUGCUGAGGAACCUCGUACCUGCCGAGUGUAGCCCGGCUGCCAGCCGGCUUCCCAGGCCCCUGGCUCUUGUGCCAAGGAGUUCAGGUCUGGGCGGCACAGGGGGCGCAGCCUCGGGACAGUUGCCUGAGACAGGAUCGGCAGAGCCAAAGGACAGAGCGGCCCUGGUCCCUGCAGGCAUCCCCAAGGAUGCUCACCCACCUCAGAACCGGGAUGUCCCUGCAGCUCACCCAGACCGAGACCAGAGCCGAGCCCCGGACGCCAGAGCCCCUGAGGUCCUAAGGGUGCAGGAAGCCUCCAGCCCCACCCAGCCCCCUCUCCAGAUUUCCCAGGGCCAUGCACUGUCACUGUCUUCUCCCAGACGUACCCCCUCCCUGGACCCAGUCCACUCCCCAGCGCAACCUGCGGUGCCCACUCACCCCAGGACCCAGCUCACUGUCAAGCCCAGGAGGCCCCAGGCACUGCCCUCUGUAGAAGGGGAAGGGCUCACAGAUCCAUCUGCUGCCACCGUCCUGCCCAAGGUGAAGAGCGAGGUGGUGGACACGGUCCCUGGACAGCCUCUUGCUCCAUCCUCCCUGAGAAAGAAGUUUGUUCAGGACUCUGAAAAUGUCCCUGUCUUCUCCCCCACCCAGGAAGAGGUUGUGCAGGGUCCUGGUGUCCAUGCUGACCCAUCCCCCACCCAGGAAGAGGUUGUGCAGGGUCCUGGUGUCCAUAGUGACCCAUCCCCCACCCAGGAAGAGGUUGUGCAGGGUCCUGGUGUCCAUAGUGACCCAUCCCCCAAGCCAACCAAGGUUGUCCAGGCCCCAGAAGGCAGCCCCCGCACCCAAAAAGAGGCUGUCCACAGUACUAACGGCGGCCUUGCUUCUUCUCUCAGCAAGGACGAGGCUGUUGGAGGCCUGACUGCCUCCGCUAUCCUGACCCCCCAGAAGGAUGAGGUUGUUGAGGGCUCUGAAGUGAGCCCCAUCUCCUCUCCCGCCCUAAAGGAGGUUGUCCAGGGUCCUGAUGCUCCGGCUGCCCCUUGUUCCACCCAGAAAGUGAUUGUCCAGGAUGCUGCUCUCCCUGCUCUCUCCUCAGGGGGCAAAGUGUCCCCCAGCCCAGGAGGCCCUCCUGCCCCAGCGCUGAUGGGAUCAGAGGCCAGCCUGGAGUCCCAGCUUGUCCCUGACGCCGCCGAGGGCGAGACGCUCCCAGAGACAUCCAGGGAGGAGGAGGUGGCCCUGGCUGCUGACCUGGAGAUUUUCCUGGAUACCCUGCGGAGCAUGGAGCCCCCAGAGAUCCUCCACACUCACCGGCUGCCGCGAGCCCCCCGCUCCUCCUACCUGGCCAUGUACGCUACGCUACCUGCCAUCGAGGAGGACCAGCCCGGACCAUGGGUGCUGGGACCCAGCCCCCGGGCGGCGCCCACGCUAGAAGGAAAAGAGGAGGAGGAAGAGGAGGAGGAAGAACUAGAGAACCCCUACCUAAGCGACGAUGAGAAGCUCCAACGCAGGCAGGAGAAAGCCGGGCCCAGCCCCUCCUGGGACUCUCGCCCUGCAAGGCCCCCCCAGGUCUCUCGUUCUCCUGUGGAGAUGAUGAAGAAACAUGUAGCAGAUGCCAAGGGCCCCCACCCAGAGCUGGGGCCAGAGUGGCAAGCAGGGAGCAGGCCCGCUUCCCGUCUUGGAGGCAGCCUUCUCUUCGGUGGUCUGGUGCCCGCCACGCAGGAGGCCCCCACCUCGGAACCCCUGGGCACAAAACUAUCUGCUCUGCCACCCCACGUGACACCAGGGCUCAGGAAGAUGCCAGGACAGCUGCCCCUGCUCUGCAGCGAAAGGCCAUUGUCAGAGAAGCCUGCUUGUGCCCGGCCCCCCGAGGGGUGGAGCCCAGCACUGAAGAUCCAGGGCAAGCUGAACAACAGGCCUGGAAAGAUGACCCUCUUCUCAGAGCCUGGCUGCCAAGGCAGGAGCAGGGAGGUCUGGGAAGGCACUGCCGACACCUCCGGCUGGGCCCGCGUGGCCUCCGUAAGGGUGGUUCGAGGCUGCUGGGUGCUCUAUGAAGAGCCAGAGUUCCAGGGCCGGAAGCUGGUCGUGCCUGAAGGAGAUAUGGAUUUAGGAGCCUCAGGGACCGCGUGGAGCACCCAAGGCAUUGGCUCCCUGCGGCGGGUCGUCCGGGACUACAUGACCCCAGAGAUCAUCUUGUACUCUGAGGAGGGCCUCAAGGGGGAGCAAGUGAAACUGACGGACGCCUUGGAGGACUCCCAGGGCCAGGAGAGGCCCCUGCAGGUGGCGUCUGCCGCUGUCUCUGCAGGACUGUGGCUGCUGUACCCCAAACCCUUCUUUGAAGACACUCCCUGCAUCCUAGAGCCUGGAGAGUACCCCACCUCAGAGGCCUGGGGUGCAUCAGAGCCCAGCGUGGGCUCCUUGAAGCCCAUUAGACUGGGCUGCCCAAGCGUGGAGAAGCCAGGGGAGCCCAAGGUUGUGGUUUAUGAGUCCACAGGCUUUCAGGGCCAGAGCUGGGAAGUGAGCAGAGACAUCUACGACCUUCAGCAGCCAGAGGACAGCCAGAGCCCCCACAUGGCCUCUGUGGGGUCCCUGCGAGUUCUUGGGGGCUGCUGGGUGGGCUACCAGAAGGCAGGCUUCCGGGGCCACCAGUAUCUGCUGGAGGAGGGGGAGUAUGCUGACUGGUCACACUGGGGAGGCUAUGAUGAGGCGCUGACUUCCCUGCGAGUCAUCCGGACGGACUUUGGGGACCCGGCCGUGGUGCUGUUUGAGGCCAUGGACUUCGAGGGGCAUGGCGUGGAGGUGAGAGAGGCACUACCGGACGUGGAGCUGGCGCGACACGGCCCCCACACGCAGGCCAUCCACGUGCUCAGCGGCGUGUGGGUGGCCUAUCAGAAGGUGGGCUUCUCCGGGGAGCAGUACGUGCUGGAGAAGGGCGUGUACCGCAACUGCGACGACUGGGGCGCUGGGAACAGCGCCCUCGCCUCGCUGCAGCCGGUCCUGCAGGUCGGCGAGCACAAUCUGCACUUUGUCUCAAAGAUUCAGCUUUUCUCCGGCCCCGACUUCCUGGGCGACCACAUCUCCUUCGAGGAUGACCAGACCUCCCUGCCCGCCUCCUUCCAGGUCCAGUCUUGCCGUGUCCACGGGGGCAGCUGGAUCCUGUUUGAUGAGACGAACUUUGAGGGUGACCAGCACAUUAUCUCCGAGGGCGAGUUCCCCACUCUCACAGCCAUGGGCUGCCUAGCCUCCACAGUCCUGGGCUCUCUCCAGAAGGUACCCCUGCACUUUUCAGAGCCCUCCAUUUUUCUGUACGGACUGGAGUGCUUCGAGGGGAAGGAGAUCGAGCUGGACAGGGAGGUGCGCAGCCUGCAAGCCGAGGGCUUCAACAACCACGUGCUGUCCGUGCGGAUCAGGGGGGGCGUCUGGGUGCUGUGUGAGCACAGUGACUUCCGGGGCCGCCAGUGGCUGGCGGGCAGCUGCGAGAUCACCAACUGGCUGACGUACAGUGGGACGCAGAGGGUAGGCUCCCUCUACCCCAUCAAGCAGCGCCGGGCAUAUUUCCGCCUCUGGAAUGCCGCACUGAGGGGAUUCCUGGCCGUGCCAGACCACGUGGAGGACAUGAAGGCAGGCCGUGUGGUGGUCUCCGAGCCCCAAGCGGGAGGCAGCUGCAUCUGGUACUACGAGGAUGGGCUGCUGAAGAACCAGGUGGCCCCGACCAUGAGCCUGCAGGUGAUCGGGCCCCCCAGCACAGGCUCCAAGGCGGUGCUGUGGGCCGAGAGCCGCCUGCCCCGCCAGACGUGGAGCAUCCGUGAGUCGGGCCACAUCUGCAGCCAGAUGUUUGAAGGCCGGAUCCUAGAUGUGAAGGGCGGCCGGGGCUACGACCGGGACCACGCAGUGCUGUGGGAGGUGGCCAAGGACCGGGAGUCCCAGAUCUGGACCGUCCAUGUGCUCUGACCGCCCCUGCUCCCCAGCCCUGGAGGCUUUCCCUGGGAUGAAAUGUUUUUAUAGGUGUUUUGUUGUUAUUGUAACAUAAGCUGUUUUCUAAUAUGCCCCCAGGUAUCCUCAUCUUUGUGCACCUUGAUAUUGGGGGCUGGGGUGAGGAUUUGUUCACCUGCCUUCUUUGCCCUAUCUAUACUCACCCAGCUUCUUUCCUCCCACCUCUGAUUCUGGGGCUCAGAUGUAAGGCCUCCCUCGGCCACCAGAGGGAGCCCUGGGCCCAGACGAACUAGUGAGUGUGGGGUUUUUUUGUUUGUUUGUUUGUUUGUUUGUUUAUGUUGUCACCCCAGAUGAUGGGUUCCUAGAGCCCGCUCUGAGCCAGGUCUGGCAAUGAGCUGUGGGGCACAAACGUGACCCAAGCCCCUUGAUACCUGCCCUCUGAGAACUCACAGGCUAGUGGAGGAUUCCACCAGGUAGGGUGAUACACUCAGAGGUAGGAUAAGAAGGGAAGUGGAGGGAUGCACAGAGGAGGAGCCCUAACCACUUAGGGGUACAGGGCAGGCUGCUAGGAGGAAGGGGUGCUCAGCUGAGAUGUGGAGGAGGGGAAGGAGUCAGCCAGGCUAGAGGGUGGCAGAGGAAGAGUGUUCUGGGAUGCAGGUAAGUCGAAGGGUGAAGACUUGGAAGUUCAGUGUGAUGGGGUCACAGCGGGCCAGGAGGAGAGGUGAAUGGGAGACACACCCCCAAGGACCUUGCCCACCAGAGUUCCUCUUAAUUUCCCCCAACUCUGGUCUCAAGGCCCAGAGGUUUGACCUCUCAGUCAAAGAAGCCAGAACAGGGGGUCUGGGUUCUUAACCCAGCCUAGAGAAGGCAGGACAUAGAAGAGGAACAGCUCCCUCCAUCCCCCAAUCUAGCAGGCACUUCUCAGUCCCUUGGUCAAGGUCCUCUAGGAAGAGACAGAGAAGGUCAAGGCCCUUGGGGGCUUCUCUGGGGCUCCCUUCCCUCCUUGCAGCUCCCAGUACCACCACUGCAGACCUAGGAGGGUAGAAGUGGUUGGAGAAGUUGUGUGUCCUUCCUGCCUUCCCACCCUGGGCAAGGUGGGGAAUAAGUGGACAGCCUCCUUUUCAUCCUUCUCAGCACCCCUGCUGGACCAGUGUCCGGUGAGGACAGGAGGGUGCCCGUGGGGCUGAAACCCCAAGAGACUGGGGGGGGGUUCUCUGAAUCUGCCAUUCUGAAGUCACCCAAGUACUAGGAUGAGGGACUCUCUGAGCCUCUGCAGCUGGGAUGUCCAGGGGCAGGAUGGGGGUUCCUCUGGGACCAUCAUUCCCAAACACCCAGGGAUGGGUGAAGCGAAUGCAGGAGAACGGCAGAUUCUGGGCCAUGUCCCUGCAAGGUGAUCCCGAGGGGAGAGGCGGCCACCCUGGGAUUUGGGGGUAGGAGUGCUCUGGUGCUACCCCUCCUGCAGAUGGGGGCAAGGGAAGGUCCUUGGUGCUGCUGCAAACCAGGCUCUUGGAGCCCAGCGAUGUCCAGUGACCACACAGGACCCCACUCCAAGGACAGGACAACUUUAUUGAUCCCCAGCUGGAUGGCUCUUGCCCCUCCAUAUCAGCACCUCCCUCUGGGGGUCACUGCCUCCAAGGCACGGCCUUUUGAUUCCCACAGCCUGCCCAUCUCCGGCAUCGACCCCUCCCGGGGAUGUGUUGGGGGGGGAGCUGUCUCAGGGGGGCCCGGGGCUCGGGCUGAGGCAUGUCACCUCAGCUGAGAGAGAAGAGCUGGAUGAGGAUGUUGGCCAGGAAGAGGAGGACACUGCCACCACCCAGGCUGCUGAGUGCUGGGGUCGCACUCUUGGGUUUCCUGGUAGUGAUGGUGGUGGUAGCGUUUCCCAGGACUCCAGUUUCUAUCUGCAAGAGAAGUGGCGCAAGCUCAGGGGCUUUUGAAGCUCACACUUAAGAGACCUAGUUCCCCUACCCUGAUACAAUGGUUCUCCGUUCUCUGUCCCCUGUGACCGUGACUUCUGCCACAAGGUCCUAUGGGGACAGGACCUUCCUGCCAUGACACAGGCAGGGUCAAAGGCAGUCCCUCCUCUGCCUCCCAUGGAACCUUCCUUUCACCUCCACCAAGCCACCAGGUCCUCCAGCACAUGGGAAACAGGAACCUGUGGUCUCAGUCCUUAACCUGACUAGCGGGGCUAGGGACUUAGCCUCUCUGAGCGUGCUUCCUUGUCUCUGGAUGAGCCCAUCACAGUCUUGAGGUCGUGUGAGAUAGGGCUGGGGAGAAGGCACUGGCAGGAGAAGGAGGUGGGGAGGGUGUGACCUCUCGCCCAAGGAAAUCACCAGCUGGUGAGCAAACUGUUCUCAACGCUUGACCAGGCUACAAGUAAAGCUGCUCCUGAUGGAGAUGAAGCUGUUUUUGAUGGCGAUCAAGCUGUUCUUGAUGCUUGAUCAAGCUGUGCUUGAUCUAGAACUUGAUGGCUCUGGUCUAUGCGGACGAGUGCCCUUAGGGCACAUGGGAUGCUGCCAAAGCUGCCUCCUGGAAUAGCAGUUGAAUUGGAGACUCCAGCUGUUUCUGGAGUGUGAGAUUUCUAUCUUCCUUGCAUUCCUGAACACACAGGCUUUUCUCCCUGGGCUAGGCCCCCCCGCUAUCUCCAGGACCAGCUCUGGUUCCACUUGAACCCGUCCUGGCCCCUUCCCAACAAGGCCACUUCCCCAGCUUCUCUGCAGAUUGAUGCCAUCCUCACUCCAAGCAGUCCCCAAGCCUGGUCAUUCCUAUUCCAGCACACCCCCUGUAUGCCUCACUGUGCCUGGCACCCUGCGAACGCCCCCCCGCCCCAGCCUCAAGCAGUCUGCCCCCAGUCAGGGGGCUGGAACGCUGGCACCAGGCCCCCUGAGUCCCUGGUUCUCCUGUCAGGCCCUCUGCUCCCCUGGAAGAAGGCUGAGUGCCCAGGAGACGCAUUUCCUCCCUCCCCUGCCAGGCGAGUCUGGGGAGUCCUGGGUGUUGGUGUCAGGCGGCUCCGAGGGGCUGUUCUUACCUGAGUCAUAACCAGGAGACUGAUGGCGAGUAGGAGGAAGAGGAAGCCCUUCAUCUUUGGAGAAUCUUAGUGGCUGUCUCAGUGGCAGCUUUUAGAGAUGAGCGCAGGCUUGUCUGCAGGCCUCUUGGCUUGGCUGCUUUUGAACCAGGAGGCAGGGGAGGCGGGGUAGAAGGAGGAAGAAGGAGGGGCUAUGCGUGUGGGGUGGGGUGCUUCUACCUUUCUCCAGACCUCAUGAUUGAGGACACGAGGCCCUAGGUGCUAAAAGCCUCCAUUGACGGUCGGUUCCGGAUAGGGACCGAGGCAAGUGUUGUCGGGGUGGGAGGUGGGCAAACCAAGGGAGCCAUUGUGGUGCGGUAAGCAGGGCCCUGGGCUUGGAGUCCUGCAGACUUGGUCUAAUCCCCUACCAACCCCGAGACCCGGGCUAGCCCCUGCACCUCUCUGAGGCUUUAACACUAGAGCUGUCGGAGGAUUAAAUGCAAUAUAAUUAAGAUGGCAGCCGGGGAUAGGAGCUGAAGAGCAGGCUGAGGUAGGCUGAGGUUUCAAGGUAAGGUAGCUGGCUCCACAGGCUCCGAACGAACGUUUGGGGAACAUGAAAGCUUAGGGUUCAGAGAUUUCUGUGAAAUCAAAGGAGCACAGCUUUAGGAAUCCGGAGACCUAACUUCUGGGUGAGCGCAUUCCCUCCAGGCCUCAGGUGUCGCCUUUCGAGUGAGAACACUGGAGUGGAUGAUUAUUUUAAGGUCUAAAAUUUUGUGAUUUAGAUACAGAAAAUAGCAGAUGGGUUGUUCGUAUUGCUGACCUUAACAAUUAUUUGAUCAGCAAAAACGGGUUUAUUCGGGAAUAGCAGAGAAUUGCAAUUCAGGACCAGCAACCUACCCGCAAACCCAGAGGGUAGCCCAACAAAGGAGAGAAACCUUGUUUGAUGGAGAAGGAGGAGGAAGUUGGGAGGAGUUGUUUUGAACAGAAGUCGAAAGGAGAGUAGGCGGCAAGUUCAGGGUGGUGCUGAUUUCUCAUUGGCUGAGCUGCUGGGGUGGUCCGCCUCUUGUAGGAGUUGCAAUGUACCGCUUUUCCUGUUGGGGUCUGUAACCGACAAUUCUUUCUGUAAUCGAGGUUGGGUGAUUUGGCCUGAGAGCUCCCCCUGCUGGCCUCUCCGCUCCAUUUUAGUGAGGUUUCCUUUUCUUUCCGCAUUUCCUCCUUUUGAUCAAGAUCUUUCUCCAAAAGCAUCGCUGAUCAAGAGUCCGGUUUUCCUAAUUCAGUGGCUUUUUGUCCCUCAGUGCCAGGAAGGGCCUUCCCCUGGGUGUCAUUUCCCAAAUCAGGGAAAUUGUACAGGUUGGAAAUUCCCAUUUGAAGAAGAGGGAGGGGAAGCAGGAGAAAUCUCAGGCACUUUCCACCUAUAGUUCACAUUUAUCAAGAACGUAGUAUCGGAGAUGAUCUCCUUGUUGGGUACAUCAUUUUGGAAAGGUCUGACAAGCAGGUUCCAUGCCCAGCCCGAGCCCAACUUGGGGCUCAGUCUCACAACGCUGAGAUCAUGAACUGAGCCAAAAUCAAGAGUCGCACACUUAACUGACUGAGCCACCCAGGCACC